AUGUACAUGCUCAUUAUUAUCAGCCUCGCGAUCGCAAUCGCGAUCAACGUCUCAAUCAACUACGUGCUUCCCAUUUUGGGCCAAGCGAUCACACUGUCAACCUUCCUGGUCAACUUCACGAAGAACAUGACCGGCCGCUUCCGUCCGUGUUUCUAUGAGAUGUGUGGCUGGAAUUAUGACGUCGUUUGGGAUAGCGUCACGGACUUGUGCAGCGACUCCGAUGACGAUGACGAAGGCCGUAAGAGUUUCCCGUCUGGACACUCGCCUUUUGCAUGGUCGGUUAUGGGUGUACUCACGAGCAGGUCGAUUCUUCAGGAAGGCGUGCGGACGCUCAAGCUUUUCUUCAGCUUUCUGCCGUGCUUGGGAGCAGCGUGGGUUGCUAUCACACGCUCAACCGACAACCGACAUCACUACAGUGACAUCGUCGCUGGUAGUGUAGUUGGUGCUGCGGCCGCUUGCCUGGCUUAUAACCACAACUACGGGUCAAUUUAUAGUUGGGAGAUGGCUGGGUUGCCGUGGGAAACCAUCCACGAACGGAGGAAGGUGCGUUGCAGGCUUCAACUUUGA